AUGUAUUUAAAUGCAGCUACUAUUCUGGUGAGGCAGAAGGAGAUUCGCACACUAGCAGGUUUCAAAGAUCUUAGCAGAGGCCGAGGAGAAGGUGGUUUCUACCAAAGAAGUUUUGAUGAAGUAGAGGGUGGAUUUGGGCGAGGAGGGGGCAGGGAAAUGCACAGAUCGCAGAGUUGGGAGGAAAGGGGAGACAGGCGGUUUGAAAAACCAGGGCGAAAAGAUUCAGUGAGACCAAAUUUUGAGGAAGGUGGGACAACAGCAACAGGGAGGAAACAUGAGUUUAUACGCUCUGAGAGCGAAAACUGGCGCAUCUUCAGGGAAGAACAAAAUGGGGAAGAUGAUGAUGGAGGCUGGCGAUUGGCAGGGUCACGAAGGGAUGGUGAGAGGUGGCGCCCUCACAGUCCAGACGGCCCUCGUUCUGCAGGCUGGCGAGAACAUAUGGAGCGACGGCGAAGGUUUGAAUUUGAUUUCCGAGAACGGGAUGAGGAGCGGGGUUAUCGGCGAGUGCGGUGUGGCAGUGGCAGCAUGGAGGAUGACAGCCUCCCAGAAUGGUGCUUAGAAGAUGCAGAAGAAGAAAUGGGAACAUUUGAUUCAUCUGGGGCCUUCCUCUCAUUAAAGAAGGUUCAGAAGGAACCAAUUCCUGAAGAACAGGAAAUGGAUUUCCGACCUGUGGAGGAAGGGGAAGAACAUUCAGACUCUGAAGGCAGCCACAACGAAGAAGCCAAAGAACUUGAAAAGGCAGUCAAGAAGGAGGAUAAAACAGAUAGGGUAACAGCAGUAUUUACAGAAGCAGUGGAAGAUACUGUCAAAGAAUCUGUACCAUCCACAAGGUCAGGUACUCCACCAAAACCCCAGCCUCAAGAAUCUCUGCAGACCAGCCUGUUUGAAAGGAAGGAAGAAUGUGCCCCAGAGAGGACUGAAAGAGCAGAAGAUAAAGAAAAUAGAACAGAAAACACACCACCAGCCAAAGUGCCCAGUAAAGAAGAUAUGGCUCCUGCUGUCCAGCCUAUGCCUCAGAUUCCUCCAGCUGCACCUUCUCCAAUUCACCAUUCUCCUCCUAUUUCUAAUCCAAGUCCUGCUAUAAGGCCUGUUCAGACAUCUGUCACAGCUGCUCCUGGCAUGAGCAACAUUCCUGCUGAUCCAGAUGAUGAAGAAGGCCUCAAGCACUUAGAGCAGCAAGCAGAGAAAAUGGUGGCAUAUCUGCAGGACAGUCCACUGGAUGAUGAGAGACUGGCAGCAAAACUUCAAGAGCACAGAGCAAAGGGUUCCUCAAUACCAUUGCUCCAUGAAGCCAUGCAGAAGUGGUACUACAAGGAUCCACAAGGAGAAAUUCAGGGUCCCUUCAGUAACCAGGAGAUGGCAGAGUGGUUCCAGGCCGGAUACUUCACGAUGUCCCUGUUGGUAAAGCGAGCAUGCGAUGAGAGCUUCCAGCCACUUGGAGACAUCAUGAAAAUGUGGGGCAGGGUUCCUUUCACUCCAGGUCCAGCACCACCUCCACAGAUGGGCGAGCUGGACCAGGAGCGGCUGACUAGACAGCAAGAACUCUCAGCCUUGUACCAAAUGCAGCACCUGCAGUACCAGCACCUUUUGAUACAACAACAAUAUGCACAGGUGCUAGCACAGCAGCAAAAAGCAGCUCUGUCAUCUCAGCAGCAGCAGCAACUGGCUCUUCUUUUGCAACAGUUCCAGGCCCUGAAGAUGAGAAUAUCGGAACAGAACCUCAUGCCACCUGUAACGAGGUCUGUGUCAGUGCCAGACACUAGCUCGAUUUGGGAGCUUCAGUCAGCAGCCUCACAGCCUGCAGUCUGGGAAGGAAGUAGCGUCUGGGACCUACCCAUUGACACUGCAGCUCAGGGACCAGCUCUAGAACAACUUCAGCAGCUUGAGAAGGCCAAAGCUGCAAAGCUAGAGCAGGAGAGGAGAGAAGUGGAGAUAAGAGCCAAACGAGAAGAGGAAGAGAGGAAAAGGCAGGAGGAACUUCGGAGACAACAAGAAGAGCUACUUAGGAGACAGCAGGAGGAAGAAAGGAAACGACGAGAAGAGGAGGAACUGGCUCGUAGAAAGCAGGUGACAAUGAGAGCUGAGAGGGGUGAAGCAGUAGACUUAAUCUGCCUGGACUUCAGGAAGGCUUUUGAUACAAUACUUCAUAAAAGACUAGUAUAUAAGGAAGAAGCCCUGAGAAGACAGAGAGAACAAGAAAUUGCACUAAGACGGCAGCGGGAAGAAGAAGAGAGACAACAGCAGGAGGAAGCACUUAGAAGACUGGAGGAGAGGAGAAGAGAAGAAGAAGAAAGGCGGCAGAGAGAGGAGUUGCUUCGCAAACAGGAAGAGGAGGCUGCCAAAUGGGCCCGUGAAGAGGAGGAGGCCCAGCGUAGACUUGAAGAAAAUCGGCUGCGCAUGGAAGAGGAAGCAGCUAGAUUACGGCUUGAAGAGGAAGAGCGAAAGCGCAAGGAAUUGGAACUUCAGCGCCAGAAGGAAAUAAUGAGACAGAGGCAGCAGCAACAGGAGGCGCUUCGGCGGUUGCAACAGCAACAGCAGCAGCAGCAACUUGCACAAAUGAAGCUUCCUUCGUCUUCGACAUGGGGUCAGCAAUCAAAUUCAGGAGCAUGUCAGUCCCAGACCACAUUAUCCUUGGCAGAAAUCCAAAAGCUUGAAGAAGAGAGAGAGCGGCAGCUUCGCGAGGAGCAAAGGCGUCAGCAGCGUGAGCUAAUGAAAGCUCUCCAGCAGCAGCAGCAACAGCAGAAACUGUCGGGAUGGGGAAAUGUCACCAAACCAACAGGCACUACCAAAUCUCUCCUGGAGAUACAGCAGGAAGAGGCAAGACAGAUGCAGAAGCAGCAGCAACAGCAACAGCAGCACCAGCAGCCAAACAGAGUCCGCAAUACUACGCAGCAUUCUAACCUGCACACCAGCAUUGGGAAUUCAGUGUGGGGCUCUCUAAACACUAAUCCCAGCAACCAGUGGGCGUCUGACUUAGUCAGCAGUAUCUGGAGUAAUGCUGAUUCCAAAAACUCAAACAUGGGAUUCUGGGAUGAUGCAGUGAAGGAAGUGGGACCUCGUAACUCGACCAACAAAAACAAGAGCAAUGCCAGCCUCAGCAAAUCUGUAGGUAUCACAAGCAGACAGAAUAAGAAGGUAGAAGAAGAGGAGAAGCUGUUGAAGUUGUUCCAAGGAGUUAAUAAAGCCCAGGAUGGAUUUACUCAGUGGUGUGAACAGAUGCUUCAUGCACUCAACACAGCCAAUAAUUUAGAUGUUCCCACGUUUGUUUCUUUCCUGAAGGAAGUGGAAUCUCCAUACGAGGUCCAUGAUUACAUCAGAGCCUACCUUGGAGAUACCCCUGAAGCCAAGGAAUUUGCCAAGCAGUUUCUUGAGCGCCGUGCCAAACAAAAAGCCAGUCAGCAACGGCAGCAGCAACAACAGGAUUCAGUGUGGGGAAUGAACCAUAGUGCACUGCAUUCGGUCUUUCAGACCAAUCAAAGCAACAACCAGCAAUCCAACUUUGAGGCUGUGCAGAGCGGAAAGAAGAAGAAGAAACAGAAAAUGGUUCGAGCAGAUCCCAGUUUGUUAGGGUUUUCAGUGAAUGCCUCAUCAGAGCGGCUCAACAUGGGAGAAAUAGAGACUUUGGAAGACUACUGAGCAUGUGCAGAUCGACCGGCUUUUCCUGCAUCUGUUAACCAUGGAUUCUCCAUCUUUGGCUGCAGUUCUUUCUCCACUUUGCAUUCUUCUUUGCCUUGCAGUGAAUCACAGAAUCAAUCAUCUCAGGCUGCUUUUUCCAGUCGCAACAAACCCUUUCCGCCCAGGACUGCACAGUCAUUGGUGUUACUGUCAGCCUAAGGACAACUUUGUUCUGUCUCCUAAAUGGGUGGGAGAUAGUAUUCAUUCACAACAAGGCUGCUUGUGACCCGCAAGCUUUCACUGUGUUGUGAUUUCUUCUGUUGACUUCUCUGGAAAAUCAUUUGGGAUUCUGCAAAUGAUAGUUUCCCUCUCUUGGUUAUUCGUACCACAUCCAACUUGUGCAAUCAUGGAGAGAGUUUGUGGUUAACAGAUGUCAGUCAAAACCAAAA